AUGAACCUCACCCCAGGUCCCGACCGCCUGAUUUCGAAACUCCAGAUGAAUCCGCCUCCACAGCUCCCCAUACGGCCUCGCUCGCCAUCACCUCUAGAGACUCGAGAGCUGUCACAAAUCCUACAUUUUGAUCCCUACGAACUGGAUCGCCGCAUUCGCUUACAGGCGAGUCAGUUCCGCUGUCCGCGGCCUGGUGUGCCAGCCUACCUGACCAGUUUGGAAAUCCUCUACGAUGUCGAGAUGCCAGGCAUCAUCGGCGUCAUAUGGACAAUCAACCAUACAAGCAUCGCCAUCGCCAUCGCCAUCGCCAUCGCCAUCGCCAUCGCCAUCGCCAUCGAUGAUGAAGGGUUAAUCAGGCUGGCUGUUGGCCUGCACAACGUCUACAACGCGCCCUCCAACGACAGCGACCUGGACGAUUUCGAGUCAUCUGGCGGUGGAUUUGCACAAGCCCUUUCGGGGGAAUAG